UUGAGGAAGUUCGAGCUCAGCGCGCGCGAGUGGACCAUUGCGCACCAGCUCACGGAUGUGCUCAAGUUCUUCUCGCGCGGGACACCCAACCUCGCGACUGUCAUCCCAGCUAUGGACCUGAUCGACCAACAGCUCGCAUCCAAGCACAAGAUGACGGCCAAGUACGAUUUUGCAAUCCGCACCGCAAUGGGCCUCGCCAAACGUACUCUGAACAAGUACUACGAGCUGUCGGACUCCUCAGAGGCGUAUAGGAUCGCUAUGAUUCUUCAUCCCAGCUUCAAGAAAGCGUACUUCGAGCAGGCUGCCUGGCUUCCGGAGUGGAUCGAGACCGCCGAGGGCCUUGUCCGCAAGCGAUUCGAC